AUGCGAAUUUUCACUCUAGGGCAGUUGCUCUGGCAAUCAUCGCUCAUUACUGCUGUGGUCGGAUUUCCUGACCUUCAUGGUGCUUCCUCCGGCCACCAAGGGCUGCAUAAAAAGUGUCCAUUCGCAGAAAUCCCACAAGGUGCUGCAGCUAAACAUAACAAGAGAUUUUUGUUUGAUUCUAUGAAGUCGCCUAUUGAUAUCACUGGUGAUCACGAGUUUCAGCCGCCUAACUUCGAGAACGGUGACCAGCGCGGACCUUGUCCGGGACUAAAUGCGCUUGCAAACCAUGCCUACAUUCCUAGAAGUGGAGUAGUCUCAUUCGGAAAUGUGAUUGCAGCAAUCAAUGAAGUGUACGGUAUGGGUGUUGAUCUGGCUACUAUUCUCGCGAUCAUGGGCACCGUUUGGACUGGAGACCCACUGUCGCUGGACCCUAGCUUUUCAAUUGGCGGUCGCGACACUGGGGUCAACAAUUUGCUAAACAAUCUUGGCGGCCUUCUCGGUGAUCCUCAAGGUCUAAUCGGCUCACACAACUUUAUCGAAGCCGACUCCUCUAAUACACGAGACGAUCUUUACGUCACCGGCAACAGCCAUACACUAAAUAUGGACAAGUUCAUGACCUGGUACAACAUGUCUACGGAUGGUACCUUUGACAUGGAUCUAAUGGCAGAGCGCGCAAAGAACCGCUUCCAUGAAAGUAUUGAGACAAACCCCAACUUUUACUAUGGACCCGUUACGGGACUCAUUGCACGGAACGCUGGUUAUCUUUUCUCUGCGCGCAUGUUCCGCAAUCAUUCCCGUGAAAAUCCGCAGGGAGUUCUGACCAAGAGCCAUGUCCGCAACUUCUAUGCGAUCUAUGGCGAUGAAGGCAAUCUUACAUACCGUGAAGGGUGGGAGCGGAUUCCCGAGAAUUGGUACAAAACGCCUGUAGAUUAUGGUCUGGUUCAACUUAACCUGGAUACAAUUGCAUGGAUUGCCAAAUAUCCCGAGCUUGGAAGUAUUGGCGGAAACCUUGGCAAGAUUAACAGCUUUGCUGGUGUUGAUCCGGCAGAUUUGACUGGGGGUGUUUUCAACCUGGCUAAUCUCUUAGAGGGCAACAACCUACUGUGCUUCGUUUUUGAAGUGCUGAAGUUUGCUAGUCCAAAUGCACUGUCUGGACUGUACAAGACGCUAGCAGAACCAUUGGAGUGGGUCACCAAUGUUGUUGCUGAACCCUUGCUCAACAUGACAUGCCCAGCAUUCGAGGACCUUCAGAUGGGCGGCAAACCAAUUUGGGAGGCGCUGAAAGAUGAUUUCCCGGGUGCGAUGAAAGGCGAUGGCGCUUUCUAA